AUGAAGUUUCUGUGUUUAUGUGGAGCCUAUGGGAGUGCAGAUAAAUUCGAAGUCCAACUAGCUCCGCUGGUCAAGGAACUUCGUUCUGAUAACGCCGCGGAGUUGAAGUUUGUCCACGGGCCAGUUCAAGCCUCUCCACCAGAAGGAUUCGAAGAAUUCUUUGGCAUUGGUCCAUAUUAUCGGUUCAUCAAACCAGCGCAGACAGAAACAGGCAGCAAUGACAUCCUCGACAGAAUCCGACAAUUCCCCAAAGGUGCGACUGCCGAGGAUCAGAUGCGAGAGUUGAUGCGUGGAGGCAUGACGGCGGUUCCUGUUUCCGACUUGGAUGUUCACAGUAAUGAAAGUGUUCAGGAGGCGUUGGAUUACUUGUACGCGAUAAUGGAAGAAGACGGUCCUUUUGAUGGAAUCAUCGGCUACUCCGAAGGCGCAACAGUUGCGGCAACUUUAAUAUUACAUGAACAAAGGAGGUUCGAGAUUGAGGGUAGGGAACCAAUGUUCAAGUGUGCACUGUUCUUUGCAGGAUGGCCUCCCAUGGAUCCUGAACUGAACAGGAUUGUUCUGGCAGACGAGUCUGAUUUGAUGAUCACAGUUCCUACUUGUCACAUAAUUGGCUCUUUAGACCCGUAUCUUGCCGGUUCCAUGGCACUUUACAAUAUCUGCGAUAUGGACAACGCAUACCUGUUCGAUCAUGCGAAAGGACAUACUUUGCCAAGAGAUAGACACACUGUGAAGGAACUUGGGGAUAUUAUACGAGCUAUGAGUUUGGACAAUUGA